UUUAUUCUCUAUAUACAAUGGCAUCAUCUCCAGACUAUAUUGAUACAAAAAACUUCGAUAAAGAUUACACGCCGCAAAUGAUUGCUGAGGAGCUCAAGCUUGGUGAUAAAUUUGUUGAGUGGUUGUCCAAAGAAAAGUUUUCGGAAGAAAGCUCACUUCUCGUUUUGGAUUAUGUUGGCAUUGACCUCCAAAACCAGGAUGCUAUUAAGAAUGCUUUGAUCGCAAACAAAGCGGAGGCGACUGUAUUUGACACCAUCUUCAAAUUCAAAAACUCGCGUGAGCUUCGUGAUGCUAAGCGUGGGGUGCAAGCUACCGUGCCUUGGGCGUUUUACAAUUCAACUGCUCUGGAAAAAUCCUAUCGAGGUGACAACGGAGAAUUGAUUGUCUUUACUUCUGCGCCAACUAUCCUUACAUCAGUGGUUUUGUUCUUCGACUAUAAAAUUGAAGUCUUGAGUAUGCAACCAUCCGCAUUUUUUGAAGCGUAA